AUGGGAAACUGGUGUUCUUUGGCGAUCGUGGCGGGACCGUUGGACCAAGCUGCUCCUACUUUACAAGUUCAUGCCCAGAUCAUCGUCCAGGAUCACUUGGUGCUGAUGUCAGGGUAUAAACGAGGUGAGCCUCCGUCCCCAAAUCAGGACGUCUACGUUCUGCGGCUCGAACGUAAUCCAUGUUGGCGCAAGCCGGACGCCACCGGAUUCUUCCAUCCUGUCUACAUUCAUCCCUCUAACACCUGGGAGACUUCUUCUAAUUGGCGGACAGAACGGAGCAGUCACGGAUGCGAGACAGUCCCACAAACUGGCCCACAUCCUCCAUUAUUCGCUAGACGACCUGGAUUUCCAGUGGCACUGGGAGCAGUGCCCGGUGAGUUGUUGGCCCUGUUUUUUUACAAUACCGUACCAUCAAAGCUACAUAUUGACGACCACUACUCGGAGAUUCAAAAACUACUAUUCUCGAUUGCUGACGAGGCCAUGACCGAAAUUUCGGCGCUUUUGUAUGAAUGGAAAAACCGAAUCGACGACUACGAGUGGAAACGGGGUGACGAGGAACGCAUCGCACCUGUGGAUAUGGAAAUGUUCGAUCUGCACCGUGUCAUUCUCCGCCGCCACGACCUGGCACUAGAGAUCCAAGGACUGCAGAGGAUGCUCUAUAAAGUACACUACGCCGCUAACCAGCCAGACGAUAGAAGAGUCGAUAUCGCUGGGGUUGCCACUUCAGCACCCUUAAUGAUCAAAUUCCUCCGGCCGGAACAGGACACAACACUUGAGCCGGCCGAUCGUAUGGAUGUUUUGGAGACGAUUAUGGCCAGGGCUCGGCUGCGGGUCCUCCGCUUCUACGAGCCUCACCUCCUACCCUCCCACCAAAACCCGGCCGCUGGCCUGUUCCGAGUUGGCCAGCGACGCUAUGUACUGUACACGGCUGAUUUGACGUGCUCUGAUGCUGCCAUUACCAAAAUAGACUUCGAAGAGCACCGUGAAUGGUAUGGUGCCUGCCCAAAGUUGAGCCAGAAGCCGGCGGUGAUUGCGGGCAAUGGCCAGCUCUUCGUGGAUCCGGGUGUCGGCCGAGGUAGCUACACUCUGACUCCGAAAAUCCCGUACAAACCC